CCUGUUUUCAUCUGGAUGAUCCAGUUAGCUGACUAGUGCAUAGCUAAAUACUCCAAUGAGAAACCCACUCGAAUGAGCUGUUCGCCCAACAAGGAAAUGAGCUGCCAGAACCUUUGCCAUGACCAGCUAACAGGUUGUUGUCGAUCCGCCCGCUUCCGAGACGGAUGCGGUAUCCCUUGUGCAUUCCAGGCAUAUAUAUGAAGCACCACGAAGCCGAUUAUCCUCAAUCACCAUGGCCCGAUUAGUGGGAAUUUCUUAUGGAAAACCGUCAUGGGGUUGAGAAACGCGGUCGAACCAGUUGCCAUUGCGGCCAUCUUCACCGCCGGAACGAUCAUUAACAGACGAAAGACACCCAAAUCAGCUAACAGGCAUGGAGUUCGUUCACCAUUGCUCGAAGAGGACCCAGAAGACCAGGCCGUCCAGCAUGCGUGCAGCGAUGGGGAAGAUGACGAUGGGAUAAUGAUUAAGAAGCCCACGCUUCAAACCCGAGUUCUGGCCUGGUUUCCGUUUCUGCUUGAGAUUUGGUACUGGCUGCUCAUUUAUUGGAUAUACCAAGGCCUGCGCGCCCUGUCCGCCACCCUCAUCCGCGACCAUGCCUUGAUCUUCUCCCGCGCCGAGCACCAUGGGAUUCAGAUUCUCGCCCUCGAACGCAUCGCACAUAUCGCCAUCGAGCACGAUGUGCAGCGUUUCGUGCUCGACCGCGCGCCCUGGCUGAUUCCCUACCUUGCCUGCGUGUACUACUCGCACAUUGUGCUCGGCGUUGUCUUCUUCGUCUACUGCUAUACCUUCCUUCCGACCGCGCGGUACCAGCAGAUCCGCCGCACGCUGGCUCUCGAGAACGUCAUUGCCUUCAUUAUUUUGACUUCAUGGCGGUGCACGCCUCCGCGUCUCCUGCCGGAGAAGUACGGGUUUGUCGACGUCUUAAACGGCAAUGGCAAUAACCCUGGUGGAUCAUGGACGCACAACAGGUUCCAGCUCACGAUCGCCGCCAUGCCCUCCCUUCACUUUGGGAACGCUGUGCUUAUCGCCUUCUGUCUAGUCAGCUUCAGCCCGCACCGCCCCCUCCGCUUUCUUGCCCCCCUGUGGCCGCUACUAAUGGGAUUCACCAUUAUUGCGACAGCGAACCAUUAUAUUUUGGAUGCCGUAGCGGGCGUCUGCACCAUCACGGCUGCGUACCGCUCGAACAGGGUGAUGCUGGCUCUCCUGCCUGUUGAACGGACGUUCUUCAAGCUCCUUCGGUUAGAGAAGCCAGGCGAAGUCCCGUCCAAGGAGUAGUUGAUGAUCUCUGUAUCUAGGUACAUACAUGACUGUAUUUUUUUUUUUUGGUUUUU